AUGACCGAAGCGACACAUUUCGAUAUGCCUACCUGGCCGAUGGAGAACCUCCUCGAUCAGCAAACAAUGGCAUCGCAAGAUCUAAGUCCACACCCAUUCAUCGCCAGCGACUUCCCGUUCGCAAUGCAAGAAGACCUAGACCCGACCUGGUCUGAACAGUUCAACUGGAACCAAUACACACCCAAAACCAAUACGUUCCAGCCAUACCCACAACUAUGGUAUGAAGCCGGUCUAGUGAGACAACACAGUGUGGACUCAAGCCCAACUAGUAACCCCCUACACCUCCAGCCACUCCGAACAGCCCAACCAAACGCAAGUCCCGAAAAUCCCCCGAUCCAACUCCGCGACACCCUCGCAACAGAACGCGCCCUCUUCAUGACUCCCUCCCCGAACCCCAUGGCCUAUCCGUUCCCGGCUUCGCCGAGUUCGGAUCCUUGUCUGUCGCCUGACUCCAGUCAUGCUUCAACUUGGGAGGAGGGCGACCGGGAACGGGACGAGGGGCUACACAUUAGUACCUUUGCUGUGGAUUUGAAUACUCACGGCCAAGGCCAAGACCAUGCCCAGAGUCAGUGCCAGACGCAGGCUCAUACAUCUCCACGUCGAUACUCUGAAUACUCCACACACAGAGUCGAUGAAGAGGAAGCGCUUACACCGCUGGAAAUGCCAGAUGGGAGUACGCGCUUCACGUCUAAUUGGUUGCCUGUUGAUCCUGAUGCGGGGUUUACUAUUGGUUUGUCUGGGGUUCCGGGGUUUGGGGAUGAGAUGCACUUUGGUGAUAUGAAAGAUGCGUUCUUUGCUUCGGACCCUGCUGUUGCUUCAGCUUGGGGGUAUGAUGGAUGA